AAAGAAUAUACUCUAUGAUAGGCUUCCCCGACCUGAUGCCCUCAAAAUGGUUUGGACUACAGCUCCCAAUAACUCCAACCAACAUGGUCAAAUGUUGGGGAUGAUGGGAGUUUUUGACCAGGUUGGGAAAGGCUGCUCUAGGAACAACUACCAAAAGGACAUAAUUUAAAGUUGACACUCACUGCUAUUAUCUUUUACAGCCUGCUUAAUUUAAAGAUGAAUUAUUCUCAAACAGAGGGAGAAGAAAAAGUACUGAACGAUGAGCUGGAAUGCAAAAUCUGCUACCAGAAGUUUAACGUCCAGAGCCGCAAGCCCAAAAUCUUGGACUGCCUUCACAGAGUGUGUGCGAAAUGCCUGACAAAAAUCCUUCAUGUGGGAGAUGGCUCCCAUUGCAUUUGCUGCCCCUUCUGCCGCCACAAGACAGAGCUGCAGGAAGAGGAAGUGGAGGGCCUUCCUGAUGACGCAAACAUCAUGUCCAAACUCAUGUCAAAAGACAAAACAGCAUGGAGCUCGGACUGCAAAGAAGUUGUCUUGACGCCAAAGAACUUGGCUUCCUCCAGUCCUUCUCAUGGGUCAUCAAACUGUUUGGUGAUUACCAUCAUGGAAGUGCAGAGAGACUCCACAAGGACGCCAAGCCAGAACACCCUCUCGGAUUACUACACAGAUCACAGCCUUGACUCGGCAUCUGUGAACUCUCACAGCCACCUGGAUCAAGAUCUUUUCUCUAAGCUCUGUAACCAUGUCCCCAGAAUACUGGUGUGGCUGCUUGGAUUUUUCUAUUUUGGUUCUUUGCCACUUGGAAUCUAUUUAUUGGUGAUUCAGAAAGUGACCCUUGGAAUUGUCUGUGUCAGUCUCGUGCCAUCUAGUCUAACUGUGUGUCUUGUGUAUGGCUUCUGUCAAUGCCUUUGCCAAGGAAUGUGUGACUGUUCCUCUAGAAACUAACGUUUUUGAAAACUGAAUUUUGGGUAUUGGCACUAUAGACCUUCAAAUGUAUAGGCUAUUUAAAGCCUACUGUGGAUUUUUUCUUUUUUAAAAAAAAAAUCAGUAGCCAAAAAUGAGACAUCUAUAUUUAGAUGUUCCUAACAUUCCAUCCCACUCUCCCAACAGGUAGCCACACUUUAGUGUGACCCACAAACAAAACCCAGAGCGGUUACUGGCU